GUCUCCGAGUGGUUGGACAAAGUGGAUUAGGCCCUGGUGGGAUUGGCAGACGAGGUGAAACUUUAGCGAGUACUAAGAUUUGUACUUCAUAUCCACCACUCUGAAGUAUAGAAGGUUAUCGACGCGGCCAAUGGUAGUUGAGACCGCUAUAAAGAGGCUAUGCGAAGGAAGUAUAGGCUAGGGGAUGGAAUGCUGACGACCACUGAUCUGGAAGCCAUGAAUCGGGACGACUUCACAACAGUGGGAGCCUUCUUGCAGGCAUUUAAGAAGAAAGCAAGGAAGGUUCAUGGGGUCUUUGAAGACGCUUUGUGUGCGAUCUUCUUGGGGUUGAUUACGGCUUCGGAGGCAUCCGAAAUAACGAGUCAUGGGGUAGCAGGUAGGGCCAAACUCACCUGGGACACCAUCGACAGAGGUGUAGCAAAUGGCAGCCUGGACCAGGUUGAACAAUACCAAAUGCGCCAGCAGAGGCAGAAGAGGAAAGAACGGGAUGCUACGGCCUCGGGAACCCCUGGGGUAAAGAGGAUUAUUAAGGAUACGCUCGCAGAACUGGGGUAUGGUCAGGACGAGGUGAUACAGAAGAGGGUGAUAACUUCUGUCCAAGGAAGAGGGAAAGAGGUGGUGAACAAAGAAGUCGUUCAACCGGACUGGGAAGAGGAGGAACCUGUGCCUGUGCACCUUACAAAAGCACAGAGGAUACUACGCAACCAGGCGCAGGGAGGACAAGGCACUGGGAAGGGUCAACUACAGCAGGCGGCAGCGCCGGCCGCCGCAUCAAAUAUAGCUGGCCCGUCCAACAGUGCCAGGGCCCCACUGGUAUUGAUGCUACCACAAGGGCAAUGGGUGUUUAACCCCGCGCCCUCAUGGAGCGGGCAGAACGCAGGAGGGCAAAUUGUGCCAUACUGGGGUAACCAAGGUAGUCAGAAUCAGGGGACUCAAGGUCAGUGGAACCAAGGUGGACAAGGUGGUGGCAGAGCGUAUUUUGAUUGGAGGACGGCAAUAUGUCAACACGGUGAUAAGAAAGGACAUACCAUCCGAUUCUGCAACCAACGAAGGGACAGCGAGAGAGAAGGGUUAGUCUAUUCAAGUAUGGAUGGGCAUAUGUUCGACCAAUUCGGAGAAGAGAUAGACCAUAAGAUCCCAGGUGGGGUUAGAGCGGAGGCUCUAAGGAGGAGAACGGCAGGAGGGCCACCAACACCUCCGGCAGUAUUCCGGUUGUGGCAAGAGAAGGAGGGUCCUCCAAUAACAGUGGAAGAGAUUGAAGAGGAUGAAGGAGGGCAUCUGCAGACGGCGAGUGAACGGGUGAAGGAAGAGUCUGUGGUUAGGGAGGUGGAAGACGAGGAGGAAGCUGAGGACAGCUCGUCGAUCAUGGACCUCGUCGCCAAGAUGGAGAACUUGUGGGGGAAGAUGGGAAGUGAUGCAGGCCCAAGCUGUGAGCCAGCCUUUUCUAAGGGAAGGCUCAAGCAGGGCUCCAAAAGGCGGUACAAAAUGGUAGAUAAGAAGUGCCGCUCAGUUCUUGUCCUCGUUACAAAGGAUGAAGCAUUUUACUACGAGGAGGAACGAGAGCUGAUACGACAAAUGAAAGAACAAGCCGCAUCAGGACCGUGUCGUAUCAACGAGGAGACUGAAGGGAAGUUGAUCAUAGGGGAGUCAGACUUCCUACGGCCACAAGAGAAGGCGUUGAUGCUGGAGCUGAUAAAAAARAAGCAUYGAGCUUACGCGUUCAACGAUGAGGAGAGAGGGAGGUUGGACGUGGAUAAGAUCCCCAUGAUCCGGAUUCACACYGUGCCGCAUGAACCUUGRAAUUUGCGAGGGGCACGGUAUCCGAAUCCUGGCGAAGAGCGGAAGGUGGUGGAUUAUUUGGAUAGUAAAAUACGAACACACGUCGCCGAUUAUUCAAGUGGACCAUACGCAAGCCCUUGGUUUUAUUUUAUCAAGCCUAAUGGGACUUUGCGUUGGGUCCAAGAUCUGCCACGGCUGAAUGCGGUAACUAUGCGUGAUGCGGGAGGUUUACCUAAUGCGGACGCCCUAUCCGAGUCGGGUGCUGGGAGACCUAUAAUAUCCAUUAUAGACCUCUAUUCAGGGUAUAACCAAUUUCCGGUCUACCCGCCAGAUAGGCCAGUGACGGCCAUGGACACGCCGAGAGGGUUAAUUCACAUGAAUGUGGCGCCGCAAGGGUGGACGAAUGCAGUGGCCAUGGUUCAACGUCACAUGAUCCGGGCCAUGCAGACAGUCAGCCCAAGCAUUACGCAGCCGUACAUCGACGACUUGGCGGUAAAAGAGGCUAGAGAGAAGGAGUGUGAGGAAGUCUUGCCGGGGGUUAGGCGUUUUGUGUGGCAGCAUAUUCAGGAUCUUGACAAAGUCCUGAGUUUGCUAGAGGAAUACAACCUUACAGCAAGUGGACCUAAAUCUAAGCAUUGCAUGAAGGAAGCGACCAUUUUGGGCUUUGUCUGUAAUGAAGAAGGGCGUCGGCCUGACAUAAAGAAGACAGAUAAGAUCAUAGAAUGGCCGGUACCCUUUCAGUCUGUUACGGACGUUAGAAGUUUCCUCGGCACAUGCGGGUUUUGGCGUACUUUCGUCAAGAAUUUUGCCGCUAAGACUGAGCACUUAAGAAAGCUAGUUCGUGAGGAUCAGGAAUGGAUCUGGGGUAGGGAGCAAGAGGAAGCAGUGGCCAGAAUGAAGGAGGAGUUUCGGGAAGGAGGAUUGGGCUUGGGAGCACCCGACUACGAUGCAGUGGAAGGAAGGCCGCUCAUAGUGGAGACAGAUGCAGGGCCAACUGCUCUAGGUGGAGUUCUUAUCCAGGCGGAUGCAGAAAACAAGGAGCGACCUUUAAGAUUCGAAAGUCGGACUCUUAAUUCUACUGAGAGGAAUUACUCGCAGUUUAAGAAGGAGACCCUCGCAGUGCUCCAUUGUCUGAGCAUCUUCCGAAAUUAUAUUUUUGGUAGAAGGUUUGUACUAAGGGUUGAUCCUACUGCGCUAGCCUACUCUUUGAGGAACUAUAUCCCAUCGGAUUCUACAGUUGCCAGAUGGCUGACAUACAUCUGGAUGUUCGAUUUCAAGUUAGAAAGGAUUCCUGGGGAUAAGAAUAGGGCGGAUGGGCUAAGUCGAAUCGACUGGGAUCAAAAGCAGGAUGAGGCAGAGGAAACGACGCCCCCAGUCGAUGGCUUUUUGGAGGAAGAGGAARAUGUAAGACUCCACAUCAAUGAGUGGUCUUUGCGCCUGCCUAGUUKCAUCUGCUAUCCCAUUUGGAUGACGCCAAAGGGGUAUGAGCGGAAGGCGGAGUUGGUACUCAAGCCCUUUGAGGAAGAAGAUCCGUGGRGUGGUAAAGAUGUWGGGUGGAUGRUGAAGUUGGCGCUGGCCRGAACUYACAGCAUGGUGGACGAUCUUCAUACAAUAGAGGAGGGACCAGACAAGGUAGAACGACACGAGGAGUUGAUGGGAGGAAUGUACCUCCUUGUUAACACUCUGCUGCAAGGGAACUGGGAUCAGGUGAACCUGGUCGACCAAGGGGAGCUGCCAGAAAGCUACGACGAUGAGUUUGAGGAAGGGGAGAUAAAGGAGGCUUUCCAUGCAGAGGAGUAUGACGGGAUCUACCUAGAGCUAGGGCUCCUUCUAUCUUCUGAGGAUCGAACGGCCUCUGAAGGCGAGGAGCUAGCGAUCGAAGAAGAGGAAGAAGAAGAAGAAGGCGCUGACGACGAAGAAGAAGAAGAACCUGCUGACGAGGACGACGAGGAAGAGACAUCGGAAGAGGGAAGUUAUAGUGAACACAGCGAAGGAGAGCAGAGUGAGGAGGAAGAAGAAGAAGAGCAAGGCGAAGAAGAGGAAGAGCUAGAGCUGGAAGAAUCUGAGUGGGAGAUCUCGGCAAAGGAGGCGGAACAAACGAACGCUCAAGCAGAGGACCCCGAGGCGGCGCGCAAGAGAGAGGAGAUCGCGCCCGGAAAGCGACGGCUGAAAUUCGUCAGCAGAGCCAAUCUGCAGAUCGUCGACGAUCCGGCACGAGAUCCGGAGCCGCCCAAGCCUGAAGAUUGAGACCCAACUGCCGAGACUUCGAGCGCACCAGCAAGG